AUGAUCCAUUUUCUUCCGUAUUCCAGACUAGCUGAUUGGAUUCAGAUGGGAAUUUUCGAUGGUUUGCCGAUUUCGCGGGAGAAAGCCCAUUUGAGGGAGGAACUUUCCAGAAUAGACGAGAGCUGGGCAGCUGCACGUUUUGAUUCUCUGCCUCAUGUUGUACAUAUUUUGACUUCAAAAGAUCGUGAAGGUGAAGUGCAACUCUUAAAGGAACAAAGUGAUAUCAUUGAGGAAGUUGUAGAUGAAGUAGUGCAUGCUUAUCAUGGUGGCUUUAACAAAGCAAUCCAAAAUUAUUCUCAGAUUUUACGAUUAUUUAGCGAAUCUACUCAAAGUAUAGCUGUUCUGAAGAAUGAUUUGGCUGAAGCAAAGAAACUCCUAGGUGCUCGAAAUAAGCAGUUACAUCAGUUGUGGUAUCGCUCCGUGACAUUGCGGCACAUUAUAUCUCUGCUCGAUCAACUUGAGGGCAUAGCUAAGGUUCCAGCUCGUAUUGAGAAGCUUAUAGCCGAGAAGCAGUUUUAUGCUGCAGUACAGUUGCACGUUCAAUCAACUCUUAUGCUGGAGAGAGAGGGCCUUCAGACGGUUGGUGCUCUUCAAGAUGUCAGAUCUGAGCUGUCAAAAUUGCGAGGAGUUCUCUUUUUUAAAGUUUUGGAAGAUAUGCAUGAUCAUCUUUAUAAUAAGGGGGAAUACAGCUCGGCUAUCUCUAGUAUAGAUGAAUUGGAUGAUACAUUGCCUACAACAACGGCUGUUGCAUUCUCUGUUAGUAACUCUCAGUCCCUCUCGAGAAGAACUAGGUUGCUUAAAGGCGAUAAUCACGCUAAUUCGUCUGACCUUGGAAAUGGAUCAUUCCGAGCUAGCUCUAUUGAUGGAAGUUCAUCGUUUGACGGUCACGACGAGGAUGGUGCUUCAGACUUACCAGAUGAUACAGUGUCAAAGGUCAAUGGUGGCGAUGGUGUUCCAAAGGAUGGCAAGAUUUUUUCUCGUCAGAUUCCGCCUUGGCUGUCAAAUUCCACUCCUGAUGAAUUUGUUGAAGCAAUGAGAAAGAGUGAUGCUCCUUCACAUGUUAAGUAUUUGCAGACUAUGGUUGAGUGCCUCUGCUUGCUUGGCAAAGUUGCUGCUGCUGGUACCAUAAUUUGUCAAAGGUUACGGCCUACAAUUCAUGAUAUCAUUACAACGAAAAUUAAAGCACUAGUAGAGCGUGUUAAUUCCUCAAGGCCUUCUAUUGGGCACUCUGCCCAAAAUGGAAUGACAGCUUUUAACAUAAAGGGACAGUUGGAGAAUUUUCAGAUACUAAAACAGAAAAAACAUCAAACUGGGGUCUCUUUGGCUGGAGCUUUAUUAGCUGUCAGUCCCGUAUCUGCUGUAAUGUCUCCUACUGGAACAGCUCAGGCUGCUGCUAGAGAACUUCUUGAUUCAGUUUUGGAAACUGUUACUCGGAUAUUCGAGAACCAUGUUAUUGUUGGAGAACUUCUUGAAUCAAAAUCCGCCCAGCAAGUUGACUUGAAUACACCAAAGGCCAUAGUAGCUGAAAUAAACUGGAACCCUGAUUCUGAGUCAUCGCAUGACACGGGGGGCUACAGCAUUGGCUUUUCAUUGACAGUUCUACAGAGUGAAUGCCAACAACUCAUAUGUGAAAUCCUACGAGCUACUCCUGAAGCUGCUUCUGCUGAUGCUGCUGUCCAAACUGCCAGACUUGCAAGCAAGGUCCCAUCAAAAGAUAAGAGGGAUGGAUCAGAAGAUGGUCUUACCUUUGCGUUUCGCUUCACAGAGGCUACACUAUCUGUUCCAAACCAGGGGGUUGAUCUUAUUCGCCAAGGAUGGGGUAGGAGAGGUCCUAAUGUACUUCAAGAAGGAUAUGGUACUGCAGCUAUAUUACCUGAGCAGGGACUAUAUUUAGCAGCCUCAGUGUAUCGGCCUGUUUUGCAGUUCACGGAUAAAGUAGCUUCCUUGCUCCCUGAAAAGUAUUCUCAACUUGGGAAUGAUGGGCUGCUAGCUUUUGUGGAGAACUUUGUAAAGGAUCACUUUUUGCCAACUAUGUUUGUUGAUUAUCGGAAAGGCGUACAGCAAGCAAUAUCAAGUCCAGCCGCAUUCCGUCCAAGAGCACAAGCAGCUGCUUCUUACACACCAUCUGUUGAGAAGGGACGUCCAGUCUUACAAGGACUCCUGGCUAUUGAUUCCUUAGCAAAAGAGGUUUUUGGUUGGGCUCAAGCAAUGCCUAAAUUUGCUGGUGAUCUCAUGAAUUAUGUCCAAACUUUUCUUGAACGCACAUAUGAAAGAUGUCGGACUUCUUAUAUGGAGGCUGUUCUUGAGAAGCAAAGUUAUAUGCUCAUUGGGAGGCACGAUAUAGAAAAUCUGAUGCGUCUUGAUCCAGCCAGUGCAUGUUUGCCGAAUUCACUUGGUCAGACUAAUAUCGACAAAAAUACUUCAGAUGCUGAAGUACUGGAAGUUGAAAAGGAAAUGAGCGAGUUAUUGUUAAAGUUGCAACCAAUCAAGCAGGAAAACUUGAUUCGUGAUGAAAACAAGCUUAUUCUGUUGGCGUCUUUGAGUGAUUCACUAGAAUAUGUUGCAGACUCUAUAGAAAGGCUAGGGAAGACUUCUGCGAAAGUGUAUAAUCAAGUAGAAGAGAACCAAAAUCUGAACGCUCCUGGUCAUAGUAGAACAAGAAGUUCUUCGCCAAAGGAUCUAGCAUCAUUUGCUGAGGAGUACAGGAAACUAGCAAUUGAUUGCAUUAAAGUUCUGCAUAUAGAGAUGCUUCUGCAGACUAUUUUCCACAUGCAGGAAAUGACUAGCAGACAAUAUUUGGAUGACCAAGAUGCAGAAGAACCAGAUGAUUUCAUCAUAUCUCUAACAUCUCAGAUAACUCGCCGAGAUGAAGAAAUGGCUCCUUUCAUUACUGAAUUAAAGCGUAGGUAUAUAUUUGGCGGGAUAUGUGGGGUUGCAGCACAUGCAUUUGUCAAGGCUUUGGCUGGUAUGAGUUCUAUCAACCUUUUCGGGGUUCAGCAGAUAUGUCGCAACUCUAUUGCAUUGGAACAGGCUCUUGCUGCAAUCCCUUCAAUUGACAGUGAGGCGGUGCGGUUGAGGCUAGAUCGUGUGAGAACAUAUUAUGAACUUCUGAACUUGCCGUUUGAGGCCUUGUUAGCUUUCAUCACGGAUCAUGAGCACCUGUUUAGCAAUGUGGAGUAUGGGAAUCUUUUGAAGAUUCAGGUCCCUGGGAGGGAUAUUCCGGCUGAUGCUCAAGAACGUGUUUCGUUGAUUUUAUUACACUAA